AUAAAUUUUCAGAGCGCGUUGUUAUGUUUGUAUUUUUCUUUCUAUUUUUUGAAAAUUAGGAGCUUUUUCAACUAAUAAUUUUGGCCAAAUGUAAAAAUAUAAAGUUCAAUUGAGUGGAAGCUAUAAUUAUAUAAUUAAAAGGCAGGAAAAUACCUUUAAGAAAGAGCAUAAAUUGUGCUUAAUAACUCAUUUUUUCGUAAUAAAUAGACAGAUCUCACCGGAAUGUCCAAAGCUGGAAGAAGGAAGAAUUGCCGAACAAAGGCACUUAGUGAAUCAUGCAAAGGUCAAGAGAAAUGUUUGCAAAUGGAUAUUAAAAAGUAUUUCAUCCAGCAAGAAGAUGAUGAUUCAUCAACAGAUAUCCUGCGUCUUCCUGAAGGAUCUCUUCCAUCUCCAGAUGAUGCAGCCUUACCUUGUUCUACGACUUUAGGUACAGAUACUCCUAAAGGCCUUAAAGAUGACAAAAAUUCAAAUUUUGUAAAAGCCUGUGAAAAUGAAACCAUUGUGCCUGAAGGAAAAAUUCCAAAGAUGUCCGAUUCAACAAAUAAAGACAGAACUGAUGUAUCAAAGAAAAAGAAAAAUAAGAAACCACAACAGAUUCGUAAUAGUCAGCUGACUGAUUUUUUUCCAGUUCGGCGAAGCUGUCGAAAACCUUUGCCAAAGGUUUUAAAAGAGAAGCAUAAAGAAAUAGAAGAUGCUAUUCUGUCGGGAAAAGAAGAAGGAUUUGAAGUAAAAGAAUUUCCUGAUAAAGGAAGAGGUGUUGUAACUUGCAAAGCUCUAAAACGAGGCGAUUUUGUUCUUGAAUAUUACGGAGAAUUGAUUGGUUAUGAAGAAGCAUUACGGAGAGAAUCAGUUUAUGCUACAAAAGAAAACACUGGCUGCUACAUGUAUUAUUUUAAAUCAUUAGACAAAAGAUACUGCAUAGAUGCAACUAAAGAAUCUGGUCGACUAGGACGUCUUAUUAAUCACAGCAAAAAAGGAAAUUUAAAAACACAGUCAAUUUAUUUGAAAGAGAAUCCUCAUCUUGCUUUUUUUGCCUGCAGAGAUAUAGAACCAGGUGAAGAACUCUGUUAUGAUUAUGGAGACAGAAGCAAGCAGUCUUUGAAAUCACAUCCUUGGCUAGCCUUAUAGGCUUCUGUUUUAACAGUUUUAAGGCCAAAGAUUCGUUUUAUACACUCCAGGUUUUUUUUUCUGGAUGUCAUGUAAAUAGACUCACUCAUUUUUAUAAACCAUUUGUUUAAAACUUUCACUUUCAAUUUUAAUACUAAAAUUAAGGAUAACUUUCACUUUUUAUGUGUACUGUAGCUUUGUAUUUGUGAUUAUCCAUUCAGCUAAGCAAACUGACUUAGUAUGUGUCUUAAACAAAUCAAAUAGAAUGUGCUUAAGUCUCCUUUGCUAGUCUUUCUGUGUUUUUUUAUUGUGUAUUUUUAAUUUGGAUUUGCAUCUGAAGAAAUAAAUUUACAAAACACAUUUUAAAUACAUUUUGUCAUUUUGUUUAAUAUGAUUUCUUCAUUAUCUUGGGACCAUAAAUGAAGAUUGAUACGUUGUUUAUGAUAUAAGAUUUAAUAAAGAAAGAGUUUUAUUUAUGGAAAAAAUUUAGUAUUCAUAAAAGAAAUUUUCUUCGUGUUUUGAAAUUAGAAUGAUUAAUAAUGGGUGUCAUUUUAAAAUAGCUUGAACCUAAUCUUUCAUGUGGAUAUGCAAUAUAUAUUCUAUAAUCCACUCUGUUUAUGAUCCAAAAGCUAGUUUCUAAAUUAUUUAAGAUAGAUAUGUAAUCCCAGUUCAUAAAAUACUUUAAAUGAUACAUAAAAAAUAUAUUUUAAACAGUUUGAAUCCAUAAAUAAACCACUGAAAAAAAUUAAAAAGUUUAAAUGUUUAUAUUAUCUUCCUGUCCUGUUAUUCAUACUUCAAAUAUUUAUGAUUCUAACACUUUAAAAUAAAAAGAAGUUCCACUGUUCUCUGUCUUUAUUAAUUAAAUUGUUUUAACAUCCUAUUUUGAAGCAACAGAGCGAGUUUAGUAUAGACCUUAUAAUUUUAAAUCAUAUUCAGCCAAUGAGGGCAAUACCUGAAUUUGCACCUCAUCUCCACCAUACCACACUAGUAGGAAGAUGUUUGAUCCUGAUGGAUUUAUCGCACAGCAAAGUUGCCUUCAUAAUGAAUCAGGUUUCAAACUUGAAACCUUCCAGCCUUAAAGCUGAGAUCUUGCCAUUGUGCCACUUGCUUUGUCUUAAAUUGAUUGGAAUAUUAUCAUGAUCUUAGGCCAUUUUAACUUAUGUUUUGAGGAAGAUCACUCAUUAAGAUUUAAGAUCACCAAUCACUGGGUAGUGAUUGUUGAAGGCAGUUGUAGAUUGGUUUAAAAUAAUGCAGUAGACUCCCGAUUAUCCGCUCCUGCCGCACAAAGUUUUUUUGACUGAUUUCUUCAAAAAGGUGCAGUUUUACAGUUAUGCUUUUGUAAUUACAUAAUACAUUACAAUAUUAAAAUAGUACAUAUGUAUUAAUUUUUCUGUGUAUCCUUGACACCUCUCGUAAGUACAAAGCACUUUUCUGUUUUCAUUAACAAAAUGCAUUUUAGGUUAAUUUUGAGUGAUAUACUAAAAUAUUAAGCGUUAGUUAAACAUUUCCUGCUGUUUAUUUUAUGUUUUAUUGUAGAUAAAACGAUUUUUCAAAGUUGGAAUGACUGUUUUCUCUUUUGCUAUACCCAUUUUUAGCUUAUUUUGGAUUAUCCGCGACCACCCAAUUCCGCAGAUAAUCGGGAGUGUACUGUAUUCAUAACUUGGUCAACUUUGGUUGAAGAAAAUUGAAACUUCAAAAAAAAAAAAAAAAUAUUAGUAGAUCAGAAAUAUAAUAAUAAAAAUAGCUAAUAAGACUGGAAAAUUGUGUGUGUGUAUAUAUAUAUAAACUUUAUAAUUUUUUCAACAAUUUAUUAAAACUUAAAAUACAAUUCUUUAUAUAAUUUAGAAUGUUCCCCAGCUGGAAGUAUUUUCUUAUCCUCAACAGUUAAGUCUAACCCUUUGUAUGUUAUAUGUACUUCUAUUAUUGAUCUUUUGAUACUGCAUUUGCUCUAGAUGUGUUGUAUUAUUUUAUUACACAAGUACUGCCAAUAAUUAUGCCUUUUAGCAGAUUAAAUACUGCUAUAAAUUAUACUUAGAACUUCAAAGUUCCAAGUGAUUAGCAGUUGAUGCUGCUGAUCUCGGGGGUGAUUGUGUUUCAGAAAUUGUUUAGAAACUGAAUUUUUCUUCCAUUUUGGAGUUAAUAUUAUAUUGAGGUAUUUAGUUUGUGCUUAAUUUUUAUGACAAUGUUGAAAAAUAAUAGUCUACAAUGCUGUGUAAGCUGUGAAGUAUUUGUUCUCAGUAUGUAUGUAAAAACUAAAUGUGAAGUUUUUCGUUCCAAAAAUUCCUCUCAAGACCCUCUUGAUGAAAUAUGCAUAUACGAUUUGUUAUUUUUUGAGCAACUAUUUUUAUUUCUGACUCAAUCAUGAAUUGGUAUUUUAAUGCUUUCUGAAAAUAAUUAUUUAUUUGGUUCUCUGCAUUAAUUUUAAGUGUUAAGAUUUGAAUUGUUAAAAAUCUUACUUAAAGUCUUUGCAUACAACAGACUAUUUCUUUGUGCAUGCAAUUCUUUAACAUCGUUUAAUUUGCAAGCUUCAGAUUCUAAUUUAACUGUUAAAGGGUAAAUAAAAAGCCAUUAUUUACACAAAAAUCAGUAAAUCAUUUUAUUUCUAGUUAUUAGAAAAAUAGUAUGUUUAAUAAAUUAAAAUAUGUAUUUACAAUUGCUUAUAAAAUUGUUUAAAAAUAUAUGCAUGUAAUAAAAUUUUUGAUAAAUGAGUAGGAGAGGAUUUAACUUGCAAACCACAUCUUUAUUCAUGUCUUUCAUAAUUAGGCAGAAUAUUAAAAUUCUUAGUGAAGCUAUACCAAGGAAGCAAUCUUGCAUCACAGCAAAGUAAAAAGAAAUGAGUGUGAGGAUGCUUUCAGAACUUAUAUAACUUUAAGUGAGAAUUUUAUCAGAAUCAAACAUUUUAACCUGCUGCCUUAACUUCACACUGGAUAGUUAAAAUUACAAAAAUUAGAUCCUGAGAAGUAUGAGAUAAAGUAAAAUUUGAUUUCAAAUAGUUAAAGAUAAUUGAUUUUAUGAAGGUGGAUAAAGUGACUUUAUUAUGUGCUUGUAUUGUAAAGAGCUGUAAUUGACAUUUAAAAGAACGAUCUUUGCAUGCAGAAAUCAGUUGAUUUAAAGCUUGACUUAUUUUAACUGGUGCAGAAUAUUGUAAAAACCUUAAAGAUCUUUUUGAUUAAUCCAGUUCUUUAACAUUUGAGUAUGCUAUACACAUUUUUGCUGGUGAAAUGUUUAAACAAUAAAAAAGUAGCUGACAGUGUAAUUUUUUUUUUUAUCAACUCUGAAGGGAUUUCCUCUUAUCAGAAAAAUGGAAAUAAAGAAUUGCUAUGUUAGUAGUUAAUUGGAGAGAAGUUAAAAACCUACCUGUUAAAGUAGUGACUGUUAGAUUUUGAGAGAUAUGGGGGAGACGAAAGGCUCAAAGAACAUGGAAGUUAAAAUAAAAGUAAAUGAAUUUUAAAAUAUGGAUAAAUUGAUUUUAUUACAUGCAUAUACUUGUUUGUAACAAUAUGAUGAUGAAAUUAAGACAAUUAUUGAAAUUGCAUCAUUAAAUGUUCCUUUAUUAAGCAGCUUGCAAAUCGUGUCUUCUUAUUGCAAAGAGUAUGAGUGAAAAGGAAUAAGAUUACAGUUUCUCAUGAUGUUUAUUAAAGUGCAUUUGAACAGAUUUAUAAUAAUUGAAAAUAUAAUCCAAAACUGAAUCCCAGAAGUAAGUAAAUUUAUGUUGUCUGAAGGAAUCAAAACAUUAAUUUAUGAUUGGGCCAUAUAAAUUUUAUUGAAAAAUAUUUAAAAUUUACUUAUAAGACCAGAUAAAUUAAUGCAUCAGGAAUAUCAUUGUGACAUAAUUAAUUGUAUUCAAGAGUACAGUUAUUAUUUUCUUAGCUCAAUGUAUUAUCCAUUCUUCAAAUUAUUAUUUUGAAUUGUCAAUUCUGUCAGAUUUUUAUUCCACAAUUUUUUUUUGGCGUUUUGAAUAGAAUCACAAUCAUCCCUGUAUUGCUAUCUCUUUUGCUUAUGUUCUAAUAUUACCAAACCCAUUUUGUAUGGAUGCCUUAAAGUAAUUAACAGAUGUGCCUUUUCUUCUCAAGACUUCUAGCAAUAAUUUUAUAGCAAUUUUGAAAAAUUAUUUUUCUUCAAUUUGUGUUUAGAAUAUGUAGAAUCAACUUUAAAAUGUAUGCAUGAUUUCAUUUUAUUUAUUUGUGCUGCAUAUGAGUUGCAAAUUUGCUGAAUUUGUUUUUAUAUUUUCAAAUUUGUUUUGAAAAGGUUUGUAAUAAAAAAAAAAAAUCCAAAAUAAAUAAUCUGAUUAAGUUUUUAUGCAUAUUUGAAAAUACUUAAUCUGAACUAUACACAACUGAAAAUUAAAAUAGUACUAACUAGAAUUUUGUUUCAAUUUGAUAGCUUUUCGAAAGUUACCUUAAUUGAAUUUUCUAAGGAAACUUACAAUUCAAAUUGGUUCUGGAAUGUUUGGAAUUCAUAUGAAAUGAAAAAAGAAUUUUAAAUCCCUUCUUCUAUGAAAAGCACACAAACCAUUGUAAUAUAAAUCAAACUUAACUAUCAUGUUAUAUAUUGUCAUUAAAUUUUAUAAAAUAAAUUGAAUAUUGGUCGCAUUAUUUAGUUUGGAGAACAUAGAACUAAAGCAUAUUUGUAUUUAAAACAUUUUGUACUGAAUCUUUAAACUGGUCACAGAAGACUGAUCAGUGUAUUCAGAACGUCCAUUUCACAUACUCAUGUAGAUAAAGUUCCAUUUCCGUCCAUACAUUAGUAUCAUUAAUUAACAUAGACUGAGCAUUGAGUAGUUACAUUAUCUUCAUUUGAGGGACAAACACCAAAAUUUACAAAAAUCAAUAUACAAAUAUUUUGAGUGCAAUUACAGAAUUAACUAUGAAGCUGUCAGAUAAGAGCAAAAACCAUUUUUAUUACAUUGGAAAGAAUUUAUUUAAUUUUUACUUGUCUUUCAUUUUGCUUUAUUAAAAAUGUCUUGCUGCUUUUCUUCUGUUUAAGCUUGCUUGUUUACAAAGUAGUAUGCAUCUUAUUUUGAGAUCCCUUACCAAAGUGUCUGAUAAUUAAAACAUUGUACAGUUCCUUGCAUAUGUUAAGUGCAUUUAUAGGCAUUUUUAGUGUUUUUAAAUGAAUCGUAUCAACCUUUUAUACUUGCUGGACCAGACCUAUUUACAUUAUUCUUUAUUUAUAGAAAUAUAUAAUUAAUUAUGAAUUUAUGCUUGUUGAAUGUUUUUUUCAUCUGUGACAAAAAAAAAAUGUUAACAUUUUUUUGUUUUUGUUUAUAAAUACUGCAAAAUAUUUCUGCAAGGCUAUGUUCAAAUUUUAAGAAUUUUUAAUAAAUGAAAAUCCUAAUGUUUUAGA